AUGAGCCGGGUGAGGGAGAUGAAGAUUCUCUUCCUGAAUACUGAGUACCUGAUGCCCUUCCUCCUCAAUCAGAGUGGUUCCCUUCUCUACUAUUUCCCAUUGGCAUCAACAGAUCUGACUUUAGCUGUGCCUAUCUGUAACUCUCUGGCCAUCGUCUUCACACUGAUUGUUGGGAAAGUCCUUGGAGAAGAUAUUGGUGGAAAAGAAGCCGUGGCUGGCAUGGUGCUCACCGUCACAGGGAGCACAAGCUCGGUGAUCAAGACCCAGGGCCAACCCCGAACCUUCAGCUCCGCUGAGCUCAGCCGACGCUAGGCACUGAGGUUGC